AGCCCUAUGUGAAAGGUACUUGCCAUUUUUGCUUUGUGGCGGGAAGCAGCAAACCCAGCUCCAUAGCCAUAGUAGUACUAAAAAAAUCCCUAAAUCGAUUCGUCUUCUCUCUCUCUCUCUCUCUCUCUCUCUCUAGUCUCCCCUCCCAUUUAAAAUACAGUAAAAUCAAACCACGGCACACUACAAUACCCACGGCCAUGUACUGGUUAACGGCCAAGUCCGUCCUCGUUUCGAUCCCACGCUGGCGCGCUCUGUCUCUCCUCCUUCGCCCCCCCAUCCCCCGGCGCUCAUUUACCUCCUCCCGUCCCCUACAUAGGAGACAGGGUGAACGACUUCUUUGCUUGAAAGAGCAGAAGAAUUUUAAAGGGUUUGCGAAAUCAAUCAGGAGACCUAAGGAAUCGAACAAUGUCCUUGAUGAGAAGAAUUAUUCUCACAUUCUGUGGUGGAAGGAGAGGAUGGAGUCGUGCAGAAAGCCUUCUACUGUCCAACUAAUUAAAAGGCUGAUGUACUCUAAUUUAUUAGGGUUGGAUAUUAACUUGAAAAAUGGAAGUCUGAAGGAAGGAACGCUUAACCGGGAGAUAUUGCAGUUCAAGUCAACAUUUCCACGGGAAGUUUUGCUCUGUAGGGUGGGGGAUUUUUACGAAGCUCUUGGGAUUGAUGCCUGUAUUUUAGUGGAGCAUGCUGGUUUAAAUCCUUUUGGUGGGUUGCGAACAGACAGUAUUCCGAGAGCUGGCUGCCCUGUCGUGAAUCUACGGCAGACUUUGGAUGAUCUGACGCGUAAUGGCUAUUCAGUUUGCAUAGUGGAGGAAGUACAGGGUCCAACUCAGGCUCGUUCUCGUAAGGAUCGUUUUAUAUCUGGGCAUGCACAUCCAGGUAGUCCUUAUGUAUUUGGACUUGUUGGUGCUGAUCAUGAUCUUGACUUUCCAGAGCCAAUGCCUGUCAUUGGAAUAUCUCGUUCUGCAAAGGGCUAUUGCAUAAUCUCAGUUCUAGAGACUAUGAAGACGUAUUCCACAGAUGAUGGACUGACAGAAGAAGCUUUAGUAACCAAGCUUCGUACUGGUAGUUACCAUCAUUUGUUUCUGCAUACUUCCUUAAGACACAAUUCUUCAGGAACUUGUCGCUGGGGAGAGUUUGGUGAAGGGGGGUUAUUGUGGGGAGAGUGCCGUGCUAGACACUAUGAAUGGCUUGAUGGCAAUCCCAUGAAUGAACUGCUGUCCAAGGUAAAGGAGCUCUACGGUCUUGACGAUGAAGUCACAUUUAGAAAUAUUACUGUUACUUCAGAAAACAGGCCUCGUCCCAUACACCUUGGAACGGCGACACAGAUUGGUGCUAUACCAACUGAAGGAAUACCAUCUUUGUUAAAGGUGUUGCUUCCACCCAAUUGCACUGGUCUUCCAGUUUUAUAUAUAAGGGAUCUUCUUCUGAAUCCUCCUGCUUAUGCCAUCGCAUCUACGAUUCAAGAAGUAUGCAGACUUAUGGGCAAUGUACGAUGCUCGAUUCCCGAGUUUACUUGUGUUUCAUCUGCUAAGCUUGUGAAGCUACUUGAGUUGAGGGAAGCUAAUCAUAUUGAAUUUUGCAAAAUCAAAAGUGUGCUGGAUGAAAUAUUGCAGAUGUAUAAAAAUCCUGAGCUUUUAGAAAUUCUGAAAUUAUUGAUGGAUCCUACUUGGGUGGCAACAGGGCUGAAAAUUGACUUUGACAAAUUAGUGAGCGAAUGUGAAUGGACUUCAACUAGAAUUGGUGAAAUCAUUUCUUUAGAUGUUGAAAGUGAUCAGCCGAUAACUUCCUAUCCUAACAUCCCAAGUGAAUUUUUUGAGGACAUGGAGUCGUCCUGGAAAGGUCGCGUCAAAAGGAUCCAUUUGGAAGAAGCAUUCGAAGAAGUGGAAAAGGCAGCAGCGGCCUUAUCUUUGGCUGUUUCUCAAGAUUUCCUCCCUAUUAUUUCAAGAAUAAAAGCUUCCACAGCUCCACUUGGAGGCCCAAAGGGAGAAAUAUUAUAUGCUCGGGAGCAUGAAGCUGUUUGGUUCAAGGGAAAACGCUUCACUCCAGCUGUUUGGGCUGGUACUCCAGGAGAAGUACAAAUUAAACAGCUCAAAGCUGCUGUAGAUUCCAAGGGUCGAAAGGUUGGAGAGGAAUGGUUUACCACUGUGAAGGUGGAGGAUGCACUAACAAGGUACCAUGAAGCAGGUGCCGAGGCAACGGCUAGGGUCUUGGAAUUGCUGAGGACGCUUUCUGCCGAGUUACAAUCUAAAAUCAAUAUCCUUGUCUUUGCUUCCAUUUUGCUCGUCAUUGCUAAGGCAUUAUUUGCUCAUGUGAGUGAAGGGAGAAGAAGAAAAUGGGUUUUCCCUACUCUUACACCACUCCACCCCUCGAAGGAUGUAGAACCUUCAGAUGUAGCUGGUGGGAUGAAGAUAAUUGGUUUGUCUCCAUAUUGGUUUGAUGUGGCACAAGGGAGUGCUGUACAGAAUACUGUUGAUAUGCAAUCACUAGUUUUGCUGACAGGGCCAAACGGUGGUGGCAAAUCAAGCUUGCUUCGAUCAAUUUGUGCAGCUUCAUUACUUGGAAUAUGUGGAUUGAUGGUGCCUGCAGAAUCGGCCUUCAUUCCUCAUUUCGACUCGAUUAUGCUGCACAUGAAGUCCUAUGACAGUCCUGCUGAUGGAAAAAGUUCAUUUCAGAUGGAAAUGUCGGAGAUUCGUUCUGUAAUAAGUGGAGCCACUUCAAGGAGUCUCGUGCUUGUUGACGAAAUAUGCAGAGGAACGGAAACAGCAAAAGGGACAUGUAUUGCUGGUAGCAUUGUUGAAACUCUGGAUGCAAUUGGUUGUCUUGGUAUUGUAUCCACCCACUUGCAUGGAAUUUUUGAUUUACCUUUGACGACAAACCACACUGUGUAUAAAGCAAUGGCUACGGAAAAUGUUGAUGGGCUACCUAAACCAACAUGGAAGCUGAUAGAUGGGAUCUGCAAAGAAAGCCUUGCAUUUGAAACAGCUCAAAGGGAAGGAAUUCCUGAAACUAUUAUCCAAAGAGCAGAAGAGCUUUAUUCUUCAGUUUACACUAAAGGUAUGCUUUCAGAAAGGAGUGAAGCAAAACUAGAACGUUUUACUCUUAAAACAAACGUCAAUGGGUCCAAUGAAUCCUCUCAUCGAUUUAAUGGUAACUGUAAAAGUGAAUUCUAUGCCGAGGGCAAGUCAGCAACCCCAAUGGAGAUUUUGCAGAAGGAAGUUGAGAGUGCAGUCACCAUAGUUGUUCAGAAAAAGUUAAUUGAGCUCUACAACAAGAAAAAUUUAUCGGAAUUUCCAGAGGUAAAAUGUGUUGCUAUUGCUGCUAGGGAACAGCCGCCUCCAUCGACAAUAGGUUCUUCAAGUGUAUAUGUGAUGCUUAGGCCCGACAGAAAACUCUAUGUUGGAGAGACUGAUGAUCUUGAGGGCCGAAUUCGUGCUCAUCGUUCAAAGAAGGGAAUGGACAAUGCUUCAUUCAUCUAUUUCUUGGUACCUGGUAAGAGCUUGGCUUGCCAACUGGAAACUCUUCUCGUCAACCAACUUCCUAAUCAAGGUUUCCAACUCACCAACCAGGCUGAUGGUAAGCAUCGAAAUUUUGGGACUUCUAGUAUCUCCUUAGAAAGUGUAAGCGCGCAUAGAUGAAUGACUUCACACUUCUCGAUAGCGAUUACUUGUGAGGUGGAAAUAUGGAAUACAUAUCUCUACCCUAAUCUUUUGGUUCAGAGAUAUAAUGAAGUAAAUUAGGGAUAGUGGCGAUAAGUUCUGACAUUGAGUCAACCGUGGCUGCAGCAAUUUUGGGUUUGAUGUAAGUUGCUCCACCUUAAUAAGCCUUUCAGUCACCCUAGCCAACAGAGGGUUUUUAUUUUUUGUUGAUUGAUUAUCUGUACGUUGGUACAUGGUAAAUUUUAUGAAGGAAUGUUAUUGAUUUGUGGCUCAGUUCAUGUGCCAUUCUUUUUUACCAAA